AUGGGUCAUACUCCUCGUUUUGAUACCAAUUCUCACUUUGCGAGCGUUGAUCACUCAUAUACAGACGUACGAGGCAAACAACCCCACGAACUUCACGAUCAGUACGUUCAUCCUGUUCACCAACCCGAUCCCAAACUACCUCAUGACCCAAAAAUGGAUUUUGAUAAGAGCCAUAAGAAACGUGUGGAUGAAGAAAUUAUGGCGGAUGACAUGGAAAUUAUAAAAAAGAAAGACGAGGUGCAAAAGAAAAAAAUGCCGGCUAAGAA